AUGCUUUUGGCUACAAUACUAUUUGUGGCAUGGUGUGUAGCCUUCGCUCUCUUAUGUGGUACGGUAUUCAAAACGCUGGCAAUCUGCGCCAGUAUUGUUGGGAUGCUUGUGUUGAUGAUAUUGUCUUACCUAACCAGCAUUGACCUCUUCAACAUUCCUUUGAACUGUUUGGCUUGUUUGAAUCCGGUUUACGCUAUGACACUGAUCAUGGACAACAUUCACACGUAUCAAUUCUACCGUAAGUUUUAAAGUUUAUUUUGGAUUUAAUGUUAUCAAGGCUUAGCGACUUUACUAGCGAAUUGCAUUACAUAUCUUUUGGCUUUUAAAACGAGACCUAUAUAAGAUAAAAGGGUGUAAGAAGUUACCGGGAAAGCUGUUUUCAAAAAUUGCUAAACGGCCUUGGCUAACGAGUUACAGUAUACUUGAUAUUGUUUUAUGUUUAAAAGGUAUAGCUUUAAAGUUCAAAGAAUUAUAAAUUUUAAAAAGUAUUUUUUUAAAAGCUGGCCAACUAAAACAAUAUCUCUCUCCACUGGUAUUGAUUAUUAGAACUUAACAUUUAGCUAUUCCAAUGCACGCGGCCGAACGCUUCUUUUCGAGUUUUCAUAUCCUCAUGCUUUGAUUAGUCUCGGGAUUGGCACUUGCAUACUGAUAACUUUGACAUUCAUUCUGGAGAGCGUAUUGCCUCGGAUGGGUAAUGCGUCGAUGAAUUGUCUUGUCGGAGUGAAAGACAAAAUGAAAGAAAGUGAAAAGGAAUCGAUGAAGUUAGACCCGGAAGACUUUGAAGUUGUUGACCAUCAUGCUGAAGUUGAUGUUGAUGUAAGUGUCUUUUUUAAUUGUUAUCUGACUAUGCUUAAGGAGAGGGUUUAGAGAAUAGGAGGGAAGCGAGAAAGGUAGGGGGUAGAAAGCGGUUACUUCAAUGCCUUUCACUUCCAGGUUGUUGAACUGAAGAAACGUUGGGGAUACGGUGAAUGUGCUGUGAAUGGAGCCACUUUCCAAGCCUACCGUGGAGACAUUACAGCUUUAUUGGGACACAAUGGAGCUGGCAAAUCGACCACGUUUUCCUGUUUGACUGGAUUCACUACACCAACAUCUGAUGAUAUUACCGUAAGCGUUUUACCUAGUUUAGCUGGCUUUGGUAUGAGUAACUAUGGACUGUUUUACUUUAUGAUUUCAUUUACGGCUUUUCAGUUUAAUGCAUCUUAGCAAAUAAGUAGAGGCCUAAAAAGGUAAGUCUAGUCGCAUAAGUCUAUGAGGAAGCGUAGACCUAACUCUGAGUGGCUAAGCAUAAUUGGUCACGACUAUAUCCAAGCCUAUGCUGAACCUGUCAAAGUUUAAGCUUGACAAGUAAACCGGAAAGCUAGGCAGAGUAAGCCUUUUGUCAGGUAUACUGACGGCUAAAACUUGUAUCAAGUUUGAAUAGCUUAUAAUAAGCCUAAGGUUGAUUGGCUACUUUUAAUCGGGUUCAGCUUAAGUUUUAGCGGUUUAGGCUAAGCCUAAGCCGCCGUGAAUGGCCAAGUUGAAACUUGAGUGGCUACGCUGAAGUGGGCUACGUUUGAUAAUAAGCUCAAAUGAGUUAAGCCUAAGACGAAGCAGCUAAGCCUAAGCCAAAACCUUGCUAACUAAAAAAAUUUUUUUUGAUUUUUGUCUUCCCCCCCCCCUUCUUUUUUUUCACCUAGCUUUAACACAAUGUAUUCUUUAAUUUAUGCUGAGAGUUUAGUCGAUUUCAGAUUUGUGGGAUGAAAGUGGACUCCAACUUGAACGAUAUCAGACAGAUUAUUGGCUAUUGCCCCCAAGGAAACCCACUCUUUGACAAACUGACCUGUAUGGAUCAUAUCAGAUUGGCAACACGGUUGAGAUUGUCAUACUGUGGAGCCGAAGACUGUCACGAAGCCUUAAGACAAGUCGGCCUGGAUGAAGCGGCUAAUGUUGUUAGUCUUCUGAAAUUUAAAAUUAAAAAAAAUUUUUUAAGUAAACAUGUAGUGUUUUGUUCAAAUUAAUGUAUAUAUUGUCUUAGCUAAAAAUAAGAAGUAUUGUUUUAGCUGGCCGAGAAGCUGAGUGGUGGGAUGAAGAGAAAGUUGUGUGUAGCGAUGGCAUUGGCCGGUAACAGUCAAGCGGUUUUGUUGGACGAACCCACAGCUGGAAUGGAUCCAACGGCUCGAAAACAGAUUGGCCAAAUUCUGGAAGGAGCUAAAGACAAUAGCUAA